GUGUUGUUAUUGGGAUUGCAAGGCCAACGUGCAUCCAUAAAUCAUUGAAGAACUCAAGUCACAAUCUCAAAUCUUUAUAGCUAACCGUCCUGUUGAAGGAAAAAUUUAUGGUUGUCUAGGGGGAAAAAAUCUAUAAAUUUGGUCAUGUUCUCCUUCAGAAUUAGGUUUUUGUUUUCUUUAGUUGAAGAAAAAAGAAAACUGUAGGAUUAAUGGAGAUAGAGCAAGAAGUAGGACUAGAACCUGUAAGUCCAACAGGACAAUAUUUGAGCAACUCUGUUCUAUCACUUUGUAUUAUUAGUGUUAUUGAAUCACAAGUUCCAUUAGAUUUACAUGAGUCGAGUGCAAUACAAUUGCUCAAAGAUGUAUUCCUUCCCAUCAACCCACGUUUCUCUUCUGUUAUGGUAAAAGAUACAAAUGGAGAAAAGCGAUGGAAGAAAGUAGAAGUGAAUCUCAAAGACCACUUAAAAGUGCCCAUAUUCCCAACUGGAAUGUCAGAAGGAAUGUCAGAAAAGUUCUACAGCAAUUGCCUUGAUGUUUAUUUAUCAAAUUUAGCAAUGGAACAGUUACCCCAGAAUCAACCUUUAUGGGAAGUUCACAUGAUAAAAUACCCAACUAGCUCUGAAGUAGCUGGUAAUAUAAUCUUUAAGCUCCACCACUCUCUUGGAGAUGGCUUCUCUUUAAUGGGAGCUCUUCUUUCUUGCUUACAAAGAGCUGACAAUCCUUCAAUUCCCUUGACUUUUCCUUCUGUUCAAUUGCACACUAAAAAUGGUAAUAUGGAGGGCAAAAAGAAAAGAAUACGGAAGAGUUUUCUUGGAAUAUUUUCUUCAAUAUUGAAUACUAUUUCAGAUUUUUGUUCAAGUUUAUUAUGAUUGGCUAGUUUUGUUGGAGAUGAUAAAUCACCGAUUACGACCGGGCAUUCUGGAGUGGAAUUUUUGCCUGUAGCUUAGUUGACAAUGUCUUUCUCUCUUGAUCAAAUAAAACAAAUCAGGGACCAAGCUUGGAGUUGGUAAACAUAAAUGAUUGUGAUUCACGGAACAAUUUUCUUGGGAACUCGAAUGUACAUGGAAGCAAUAAGUAAAGGAUCAGGAAAUGCCCGAACCACAUCAUUAGUUUUGCUAAAUACAAGAAUGUUUGGAGGUUGUACAAGUCAGUUCAAGGAAUGACCUAAACCUAAUGCAGAGCUGCCAUGGGGGCAACCAUUUUUUGCCUUCUUCAGUCCUAGCCUCUUCUUGUCUGUAUCAAUUCCGAAAUUGAGCGGUUCAGAACCCAAAGACCCUCUCCAGUUCGUUUGGAAAGCAAGAAAAAUCAUCCAGAGAAAAAGAGCCUCUUUUGCUGUUUAUCUCACUGCAAAAUACCUUCAACUUGUAAACAAAUUCAGAGGCCCAGAGGCGGUAUCGAAGUAUCUUCAUAACACAUUGAAGAACACAAGUAUUGGGAUUACAAAUGUAAUGGGGCCAGGAGAGCAGAUGGCUUUAGCUAAUCAUCCAAUCAAUGGCUUCUACUUCGUGGUUACUAAUUCUCCUCAAAGUCUUAUGACUGGAGUAGUAAGUUAUAUGGGAAAGCUUAGAGUUGCUGCUUUAGUAGAAAAAGACUUCAUCGAUCCACAGAAGUACACGUUGUAUGUAGAAAAUGCAUUUCAGAUGAUAUUAAAAGCUGCAUGUGAAGCUCCUGCACCACCAGCAAAUUAAGGACACUAAUAUGCAUCUAAAUGCGGAAUAAAUGCGGAAUUGGCUGAACCGGAUUUAUUGCUUUACGUAUGAAUCAAGCCAAUGAAAAUAAAAAAUUUUUAAAAAUUAUUAUUACAUCUUUCUUUUUUUUCAGUAUAUGAACAAAAAUACUCUCAUUUAGUAAAAAUUAAUAUUUUUAUUGAUUUCAUGUUGAGUGAAAAAUAAUGCACGCAAUUACAUAUGUCGUAUUGAACUUUCCACUUGUUUUGCUUUUGAAUAUCUUAGAUAUGUUCCCCUCUCUUACACAUACAUAUGAUGUCUGUGUUUCAGGAUUUUUUUUUUUUAACAAGCAAGGUUUUGUUUCUCAUUGCAGGCCUUAAGAUUAGGUUCCUAUCUAUGUUAGUUGCUUGUCCAUUUGUGAAUAAUUUAUAUGCUUUAAAUAAGCAAUCUUUUAUAUCUGAAA